AUGGCGAAGGCCUAUGACAGGGUUAGUUGGGCUUUUCUGGGCAAGUUUUUACGGUGUUUGGGUUUUGCUUCGAGUUGGGUAAAUUUGAUUAUGGAAUGCAUUUGUUCUGCGCCAUAUUCCGUUUUGAUUAAUGGUGAACGGGGUGCGGAUUUCUUUCCUUCGAGAUGGCUCAAACAUGGAGACCCAUUAUCGACAUUUCUCUUUCUCUUUUGUACCGAGGAUGACGCUCUCAUGUUUUGUCGGGCAAGAGAUGUUGAGGUGUUUCGGAUCAAAUCUAUUCUAGAUCGUUAUACAGCCUUAACGGGCCAACUGGUUAAUUUUGAUAAAUCCAGCUUAUUUUUUUCUCCAAAUACUUCAGUUUCACAGAAGGAGGUAUGUCGGCGGUUGUUGGGUAUUCAUAAUGUGGACUGGCCAAAUAAGUAUCUGGGCUUGCCUUCUUUUUGGGGUCGAUCCAAGACAGUUGCUCUUAACUUUUUGUCGGAAAAAGUUUCUGCAAAGGCUAGUUGUUUAAAGGGUUCUCUGUUGUCUAAAGCUGUGUUAUCGGCUUCCCAAAAAGAAUUGCCAAGUCUUGUCCAGCCAGCUUUUGAAUUUUUGGCGAUGAGUCUAUAUUGUACAAAUCCUUCAAGCCCAAAUAUUUUAAAAAUUGCAGCUUUGUGGAAUCGUCGUCUCUGUCUCAUGCUUCGUGGGUCUGGAAGAGCAUUUUCUCUGUUUUCAAGAGUUGAUCCGGAAAGGGUUGAAAUGGGGUAUUGGGGAUGGAGCGAAGAUGAAAUGCUGUUAGUGGACCGGUUUUUCAACCAACGGGAUCGUGAUCUUAUUUUAAAUAUCCCUCUGAGUUUGUUUCGGCGUGAAGAUCAUAAGGUUUGGGGCACCUCUCUUAAUGGUCGUUUUUCUGUCAAAAGUGCUUACCAUAUUGCUUGCUCUCUCCUCCAUAAAGUGCCCUCCUCUCUUUCGGAGACAAGUUCCAGUUUUGAUGCCGUUUCUGAUUUGAUGUGGCGAAACGUGUGGAAGAUUAAGGCCCAUCAGAAAAUCACUCUCUUUAUUUGGCAAAGCAUGCAUGACAGAAUUCUGGUCCAGUCCCAACUUGGGAUUCGUGGGGUUCCUUCUUCUCCAGAUUAUCCUUUUUGUGAUUCGGAAGUGGAAACUAUUGAUCACCUGCUAUGCACUUGUGCCUUCGCUCAGUUGGUUUGGAAAUUAUGUCCGCUCCGGAUCGUUUUUUCUUCUCCAGCUCCUACCAUGUGGAAAAAACGAUGGUUUGAUUUGUGUGAUCGUUGGUCGCAGUUGGGGGCUUUUGAUGAUUGUACGAGUUUGGCGACGUUUGUGUGUUGGUCUAUAUGGAAGUGCCGCAACGAUCUUGUUUUUAAUAGGAAACGUUGGAAUCCUUUUGAUGUUGCUCAGAAAGCGUUUACGGACUUUCAGGAAUUUCAGGAGGUGUCUCGGCAAAAUAAUCUUCUAUCAUUGCCCUUUUGUCCAGUCUGGCUCUUUCCAGCUGUGUGGUCGGCCCCAGCCUUGGAGUGUUUCAAACUGAACUUUGAUGCAGCUUUCAACUCUUCUCAUCAAACUUGUGGAGGUGGAGUAAUUCUUCAAAACCAUUUGGGUCGGCCUGUCAAAGUUGCCACUUUUUUCCUUUCUCAUUCUAGUCUUUCUUUGGCUGAAACUUUGGUGUUAAGGGAAUCGCUCUUGCUUCUAAAUCGUUGGGGCUACAAGGAUGUCGUGGUUGAAGGGGAUUACAAGCCUGUUAUGCAGUUACAAGUGACAGUUGAAGGUCAGGUCCUUCUUGUUUGGAUUCCUCUUGGAGGAAAUGGUGUCGCUCAUUUUUUGAGCAGAAAGGCUCUUGCAGCCAAGUGUGGUGAUUUGGAGUGGAGCAUAUGGCACCCGUGGUUGUUAAAUGCUCUUCUCCCUAUUUAUUCUUCUUCCACUUCUAUGGCUUAA